CCAUUUGACAGUUUGACAGCCAGUACCGUACCGUGGGGACCUCCAUGCCAAGUUGACUAAAGACCGAACGCCAAAGACAGAGAAAUAUUAAACGGGGACGAAUAGUUGGAGCCAUUUAUCCGAGAGUUCGGCAUUACACAAAGAUGGCAAUGGCGGCAAUAAUAGCUGUAAUAAGUUUCACAAUACCUGGAUAUAUAUCAACUGAUAGUUUUACUACAGCUGAACAAAGGCCCCCGGGUACCUCGAUGGACCAGUUCAGCGAGACAUGGUCAACCGGACAGCACCUGGAAAGGAGAUUCACGGACUCACCUCUGAUUGAAUGGACUUUCUUUCAGAAAACAAACGACGUGUAUGAAUCCAGUGACAGUAGUACACAGAAUUCUGACUCUAGUCUAGGUAGUUAUGCAGAUUCUGGUACAACUGAGCACUACCAAUACGACUAUUAUAGUGAUGAUAGUAAAUCAUCUAACACUGAUCCACACCCCUUUUAUAGUACCAAUGAAGAGGAAUGGCGGGAAACUACUAAUUCAGAACCCAAAACAGCAUAUUCUGAAACGCGGCAUUUUAAUUCUCAUUCAAGUCAUGUUAUAUCUGAAUCUAGUACACAAUAUGAGUCUGUAACACCAAAUGUAGAUACCAGUACCGUUAGCCAGACAACGGUUGCAGAAACCCAUUACGCUGAUUCCACCUUAGGCUCAUCGGGAGGGAUCUCUCAGGAUCUUUCCACAUCUUCACCUAAGUUCACUGAUUGCGUUUAUGAUGUGUCAAGGACGUCAGGGGAGAUUAUCUUUCCGGACAAUCUACCCAGAGCAAAUUCAUCGGAGGUGUUGACAUGUAAAUGGAGAGUUCGAACCCCCGUCGGACCAAAUAUAAAACUCCAUUUUAGAAAGUUGGAACUGGAAUUAGGAUCCGAGUAUCUGGAACUUGCAGUAGGUAUGGCCAGAAAUAAAGCUACGAGGCUUAUCACGGGGACCAAACUGCCAGCGGAUAUAAUUGUAAAGGGAACAGAGUUGUGGCUGACACUUAAGUCAAGGCAAAAGGAUGGAUUUACGCAAGUGUCUCUUGAGUUUGAGGAAACAAAUGAAAACAGCACAUUCCCUGUAUCUGACAAUACAACUUGUGGCGGUCUUUUGGUCGACAUGGAGGGCAACGUCUCGUCUCCCGGAUACCCCGACAGGAAUUACUCCACUAACGAGGAAUGUACCUGGUACAUCGCUGCCCCGGCCCACUCUGUUAUCCAGAUGAGCAUCAUGGGUUUCAAAACUGAAGUAUACGACCAAGUCCGAAUUGGUGUGGGCCUCCUAGCUAAGGCUCCAACUAGCAGGCUCCUUACUCUCUUUGGCGAUCUUGUUCAUGAGAGGGAGACCAUAGUCCCCGCCAACUCCUUGUGGAUAAACUUCUACUCAGAUGACACAAUAACUGCUAAGGGUUUCUUUAUCCGUUACAAGAUUAUUCCAAGAGCUAUCUGCAAUACAAGCAAUGUGUUCGACUCUGAAAGUGGUGCCAUCACUUCAGUCAACUAUCCGAAACCCUACCCCAUUAACAGCGAGUGUACCUGGACCAUCGCUGGCCAACCUGGGUCCUACAUAAAUAUGACCUUUCACGACCUCAGGAUCCAAGAUGGCCGCGAUUUCGUUCUUGUUGGUCAAGGUAAAGAAGUUUUCGAUGGUCCAUUCACUACCUACACUGGGAACAUCACCCGGUCCUUCACAUUGACUGUGAAGGCCAGUAAUGCUUGGUUGCACUUCACGUCAGAUCAUCUGAUGGGGGGUGAUGGAUACAGGGGAUUUAAUAUCUCCUUCAGUGUCUUUGAGAAGGAUCUUGAUGAACAACCCACAACACCAAGGGGCGUCAGGAUUGAGGAUAACUACAAGUUAGACCAAGUUCCACGAAAAGAUGUCCUCAUCUUUAGACUUACUGGUGUGCAAAAAGAACAGUUUGAAUCCCGACUUACUCAGUUCCGAACUGAAUUAACGAGGGUAGUCAAUGAAAGAUGUCAAGCGAACCCAUCCUGCAAAGAAAGUGACAAACCUCUCAGGACAGAGGACGUGGAAGUCACCUCACUGACAAACGAAGGUGACCAGUUGGUUGUGGAAGUGCUUGUACGAACAGCUCUUGCUGGAGACUAUGCCAUGGACUCUCUGGACUAUGAGGAACUAGAGAAACUCUUUCACUCUGACCUGCAGACUCUGGAUCUUCAGCAUGGUCCUGGUGGUGCAGAAGGAGGGGAAGAGUCGAGGUUACCCGAGUGGCUAAUCGGGGUCAUCGUGGUGGUCAUUCUGCUUAUUGUGGUGUUCUUUGCAAUGGUCAUAUACUCUCUGGUGAAAGAGAGAAAGAAGCAACGAGCUGGAAGCUACGGUGGAAAUACAUCGUCUGCAUCAAUGUGUGACGAGGUGGAGGUAGGGAAAGAUGACGGAAACAUACGAAUAACCUCGUUUAUUGUCGACAAUGAAAAAAACAACGGAAACGGUUGGGUAGAUACUGAAGCCUCUACGCUUCAGAGACGUCCCCAAGCCGGCAUCCACGGCUGUAUGAACCCCGCUUACGUCGACGACGAGGAACAGGGAAAGACUAAAUCUGCCGACAAGAAAAAGGAUCACAAACCAAAGGAAAAUGGUAAAGAAACCAGCGAUUCAGACGUCAGAGAGAAGGCCGUUGACGUUGAACCACAAACCGAUAAUGAAGACAAUGAGGUUGACAUUAAAACUACAACGCCAUCGAUCGAAAUUAAAACGGAACAGGAUCCAACACUGGGAGCUUCGACGUCGAAGACGGAAAUCAAAACUGUUGAAACCCAGGAAGCUGAAGUAAAGGAUGCUGACAAUACGAUAUCUUUGGACGCGGACAACCAAACACGAAAGGACAGCUCUUCAGAUUCCUGCAACAGCGACAAGGGAGAUAAUUCAGACUUGAGCACCAACUUGUGAACCACGGAUUGUCGGUGUGAAAGUACGGAUUGGUACAUAAAAACGAAAUGACAAUAGCUUCCGGGACAUGUUGUAUAAUCUACAGCUUAUGCUUAUUACAUGUGGUCGUCAGCAUGCGAAGUGUUGCAUUAUGAAUACUUAUUUUUAUUGUUUUGUCACAACAUUGUGUAUGUUCCCGUUGGUGUGAAUGUGGAGAGAGUUUGGAGUACGUUGUUUUAUAUUGUAAAAUACUGUAGAUUUAGAGAAGAAUAAAAUAUCAUUUUAUGUA